GGCAGAGACGGGGGGAUGCACUUUUGCGGGGGGGGGGCGACACAAGACAGGCGGGUCCCCUCCCCCUGCCUCUCCCCACCUCUCCGCGCCGGGGGAGCCCGAGGCCGGGCCGGGCCGCCUCCCCGGGGCGGGGGCAGGGCGGCGGGGGGGGGCACGCAGCCGCUCCGGGAGCGGCGGCAGCGGCGGCUCCUCCAGUGCCGCUGUUACCGGAGCGGCCCCGGUGCAGCCGCAGCCACCGGGCGGGCCCGGCUCCGGCUCCGGCCGCGGCCCCCCCCGCGCCGCCCGCGGCCCCGCCCCGCCCGGGCUCCGGUGCCCCGGCGCCUCCCGCCGCGGCGGCGCGGAGCGGAGCGGGGCCGGGCCGAGCGGCGCUGCCGGCGGGCGCAGGUGCGAGGUGCCCCGGGCCCCCCCCCGGACACCCCCGACCAGCACCGGGACGGCGGAGGUGCCCCCCCCGCACUGGGGGACACCAUGGGGUCACCCCCCCGUGUCCCCCUGGUCCUGCUGCUCCUGCUGGCGGUGGAGAGGAUGGUCCGGGGCACCUUUCCCGAGGAGCCCGGGCCCAUCACCGUGGCCCCCCCGGAAUAUGUGAAGCACUACGCCGUCUUCGUGGGCCACGGGACGAACCCCGACGGGGGGGGGACCCAGCGCCUCAACAUCCAGCGCAUCCUCAAGGUCAACCGGACCCUCUUCAUUGGGGACAGGGACAACGUCUACAGGGUGAGCCUGGAGACCAGCGGUGCUGGCGAGAUGCGCUAUCACCGGAAGCUGACGUGGCGUUCGAACCAGCACGACAUCAGCAUCUGCCGGAUGAAGGGGAAACACGAGGCCGAGUGCCGGAACUUCGUCAAGGUGCUGCUGGUGCGGAACGAGAACCUGCUCUUCGUCUGCGGCACCAACGCCUUCAACCCCGUCUGCGCCAACUACAGCAUGGACACACUGGAGCCUGUUGGGGACAACAUCAGUGGCAUGGCCCGGUGUCCCUAUGACCCCAAACACGCCAACGUGGCCCUGUUCACAGGGGGGAUGCUCUUCACCGCCACGGUGACAGAUUUCUUGGCCAUCGACGCCGUCAUCUACCGCAGCCUGGGGGACAGCCCGACCCUCCGCACUGUCAAACAUGACUCCAAAUGGUUCAAAGAGCCCUACUUUGUCCACGCUGUGGAGUGGAGGAGCCAUGUCUACUUUUUCUUCAGGGAGAUUGCCAUGGAGUUCAACUACCUAGAGAAGGUGGUGGUGUCCCGGGUGGCCCGGGUGUGCAAGAAUGACAUGGGGGGCUCACAGCGGGUGCUGGAGAAGCAGUGGACCUCGUUCCUCAAAGCCCGGCUCAACUGCUCCGUGCCGGGGGAUUCCCAUUUCUAUUUCAACGUCAUCCAAGCCGUCACUGACAUCCUGGAGCUGGAUGGGCGUCCAGUGGUCCUGGCUGUUUUCUCCACACCUGCCAACAGCAUCCCCGGCUCGGCCGUCUGCGCCUUUGACAUGACCCAAGUUGCCGCUGUCUUCGAGGGACGUUUUCGGGAGCAGAAGUCACCUGAGUCCAUCUGGACACCCGUGCCCGAGGACAUGGUGCCCAAGCCCCGGCCUGGGUGCUGUGCGUCCCCGGGGAUGCGCUACAACUCCUCCAGCACCUUCCCCGAUGAGAUCCUGACCUUCGUCAAGACCCACCCGCUGAUGGACGAGGCGGUGCCGGCGCUGGGCCACGCACCCUGGAUCCUGCGCACCAUGGGCCGGUACCAGCUCCGCAAGAUCGUGGUGGAUACGGCAGCGGGGCCGUGGGGCAACCACACCGUGGUCUUCCUGGGCUCCAGCACCGGCACCAUCCUCAAGUUCCUCAUCCAGCCCAACGCCAGCUCCAGCUCCGCGCCCGCAGCCCCCGGCAGCCAGAGCGUCUUCCUGGAGGAGUUUGAGACCUACCAGCCUGGGAGGUGUGGCCGGGACACCGAGGAUGAGCGGCGGCUGUUGGGGCUGGAGAUGGACAAGGCGUCGGGGGCGCUGCUGCUGGCCUUCCCCCCCUGUGUGGCCAGGGUGCCCGUGGCUCGUUGCCAGCAGCACUCAGGCUGCAUGAAGAACUGCCUGGGGAGCCGGGACCCCUAUUGUGGCUGGACCCCCGAGGGAUCCUGCGUCUUCCUGGAGCCCAGCCCCAGGGUGGCCUUUGAGCAGGACAUCGCCGGCAGCAGCACGUCCCACCUGGGCGAGUGCGAGGGGCUGGUGACAGAGAGUUUCGUGGACGAGCCGGACGGGCUGGUGUCGGUGAACCUCCUGGUGAUCUCCUCCGUCGCCGCUUUCGUCAUCGGCGCCGUCAUCUCCGGCUUCAGCGUCUGCUGGUUCAUCGGCCACCGGGACCGCAAGGAGCUGGCACGGCGCAAGGACAAGGACACGAUCCUGGCGCACAGCGAGUCGGUGGUGAGCGUCAGCCGGCUGGGCGAGCGGCGGGCGCGAGGGGGCCAACCCGGCGCUUUGCUGGCCCCGCUCAUGCCCAACGGGUGGCCCAAGGAUUUGGGGAAAGUCACCCAACACGACUUGGACUCGGGGGUCCUCCCCACGCCGGAGCAAACCCCCUUGCAGCAAAAACGCUGCCCCGGCGCCCUCCAAAACUGCACCUGGGAGCAAAGUCACAACAUCAUCAACGCCGCCUUGCGGGAUGGACCCGGCACGACCGGUGCCGGCACCGCUCGGAUGCACGGUGGCUCCGGCCGCCCGGCUCGCGGCAUCCCCCCUCUCUCCUGUCACGCCAUCCUGGUGGACCAGGAGCUGGAGGCCGAACUCAGCGACUCCUCGGGUGACGGGCAUUGGGGACGGGACCCCCAAGAGGGUCCCCGUACCCGGCAGCACCCACCCGCCGCCACCCGCCGCCAGCCCCGCGGCUCUUACGGUGAUUUCGCCGGCACGCCGCACCCCAGCCCCGAUCGCCGGCGGGUGGUUUCGGCGCCCAGCGGGGACGGGGGGGACUUUAGCGAGGGGCCACCCUGGCACCCCGAGCAGCUGAACUUCAACGCCAACAACGGCACGAGCCGCCCUGGCGCCCACCUCAAGAGGAACCACACGUUCAACAGCGGCGAGGUGCCGGGGGGCGGUUACGGGCGGCACGGCACGGCACCCCGGGCAGCCGGCACCGGCCCCCCCCGGGCGCUGACGGACCUGCACCACCUCCUGCGCUACGGCGUGGAGCGGACUCCCUCGGGAAAAUAGGGACCCCCCGUGUGUUUCCCCGCCCAGGACACCAGUGCGGUCCCCUGGGGACAGGAUGGGGUGGCUGGGCAGGAGCUGCGGGCACGGGGUGAGAUGCUGCAUGGGGAGAGGGGGGUGACAGGCCCCCUGGUGCCCCCAUUGGAGUUUGGGGUGUCCCCGGCUGGCGUGGGGCAGUGCCCUGCGCUCUGGCUGCUUUGCCCCGGGUCCUGGGGGGGGUCUGUCCAUCCCUUCCCCUUCCCAGGUUGGACCCAGGGAUGGUGGCACUCUGGGGGGGAUCCCUGGGGGGCAGCAGGACGGACACACGGACGCAGGCACGGCCGAGGUGGAGCAGGGCUGUGCCCCCCGCCCCGCUCCCCUCAGACCCACCUGCCAUGCCCGGGCACUCAGGGGGACUGGUGGGUGCUGCCGGCACCCUGGGGGUGGCACUGGGGUGCGUCAGCGGCAGUGAUGGGACACGGUGAAAAUUGGGGGUGCAGGGGAUGGGGGGGCCCUCAAAUGUGGGUGUUAUCUGGGGGCAGGGCACACUCACAGCCCCCCCAGCAUGGGCCCCCCAGUGCCAGUUUGAGGGGGGCUCAGGCACCCCCCCUAGCACUCCCUUCCUGGGGGGCACUGCUGGGGCUGGGGGUUCCCACCGAACCCACUCUCUGCUGGCAAAGGGUGCCCUUCCGGUGCCACCCCUGCCUGGCCCCGGGGCUGCGGGUCCCCCGGGUGUGGCAGGCUGUAAAUAGGGUGGGGGGCGGUGACCGCGUCCCCCCCCGCAGUGGCCAUGCAUGCGGCCGCCCGCGGUCUGUACCCCGCGGCCCCAAUAAACGCCCGUUUACCGGAGGCGACUCCCC